ACACAUACAUAUAGUAAGAGCCGAGAUUGCUCCUCUAAGAAGGUUAUGAACCUUGGAAGUUUUAUGUUGGUUAAGGCGGGGUUUCCGUCUUAUCGUUUUGUGUUUUUAUAUGGUAGGUACUGAAUGCCUUGCAGGUUUGCUAUGCAGGAUUGCGGCUGAGGGAAACGGCUUUGCUUACUUCGAAACUCGAUGAAGUCGAAACCCGUUCAAUGGGGGAAAGGUAUGUUUGGAGUAAUACCUAGUCCAAUUCUCUUCUCGGUGUCUUGAUCCGAAUGAAACCCAGAGUUUCUUUUGUCUAGACAUGUAUCUAGUCUAGGCUACCUGGGUAGAUGGGAUCUCGGGUAAUAACUAGGUAGGUGGGAGAGAGAUCGGCAAUGUCUUGAAGUUACCCGUUUUCUCAUAUAUCUCCUCUCCCUUGUUAUAAUAAGUCGUUGAUCGCGGCUAUUCAUACGUUCUCCUCACCCUCUCACAUAUCGUCACUUUUUUAUCUUGCUUCUUUUCGGUAUACUGGUGCUCGUUCAUAAUGAUGCAAUUUAAUCUUGCUCUCAUCUCAACCUUUGGGUUGUUGGCUAUCGCCAGCCCGGUUCCUGAGACGCCUUACUUUAAACUUAAUAAGCGUGAAACCGUAUCUGCAGCUGAAGUUUCGGCUUUCGACUUCUACGCCCAGUACGCCGCUGCCGCCUAUUGUAACAGUCAAGCGGCAGCAGGCUCUACCAUCACUUGUUCCGAGGAAGCUUGCCCAGAUGUUAAUUCAGCGGGUGCCAAGAUCGUAUCUACGUUCAGUGGCGAUGUUACCGAUAUUCAAGGCUUCGUCUCAUCGGACGACAAGAACCAGUUGAUUGUGGUAUCCGUUAAGGGAUCUGAGUCUAUUCGAAACUGGAUAGCCGACCUCACUUUUAUACAAACUGGUUGUGACCUUGUAGAUGGAUGUGAGGUCCACGCUGGUUUCUUGACCGCGUACAAUGAGAUCGCAGACUCCCUACUAGCCGGCCUCGCAAGCGCGCAGUCCGCCAACCCUUCAUACAAGAUUAUCUUCACAGGCCACUCUCUAGGAGGCGCUGUCAGCACGGUUGCUGCUGGGUAUGCUAGAAACAAGAACUACGCGGUGGAUCUAUACACCUACGGUAGCCCUCGUGUUGGAAACGAAGCAUUUGUAAACUUCAUUACGCAACAAGCCGGUGCCGAGUACCGCGUUACACAUCUCGACGACCCGGUCCCCCGUCUUCCCCCUAUUGCCUUCGACUACCGCCACACGAGCCCCGAGUACUGGCUCUCGGACGGUACCUCCACCCAAUCCGACUACACUGCCGCGGAUAUUAAGGUGUGCGAUGGCUUCGCGAAUACCGACUGCAACGGUGGUACCGAUGGCUUGGAUAUCGAUGCUCAUCUGUACUACUUCGAACACAUCAGCGGCUGUGGUCCGGAUGGUAUCUCCUUCAAGCCGAGAAGCGUCCAGGCGAAUGUAACCCAUGACAUGGCGACCUCGGAACCCGAGGAUGUGUCGGAUGAGGAACUUACUGCUCGUCUGAAUGACUGGGCUGCCAAGGAUCGUGAGCUUUCAGCGAAGUUGAACGCUUGAUCUACUUGAUUACAUAUCAUUUAUAUAUCAUGGGGUUAUCUGGUUUAUGUUUGGGUGGGAGGCGUCAUAUUUGAGGAGCAUUGUGGGCUUAUAUUUGGCGUAAUAGGAGGUUGGGGUACCGGAGAAUUCACAUGGAAUCGCGCAUAUAGAAUUGCUCUUCCAAAUGGGGCUUAAUUACUAGAUCAAUCUAAUCUAAGGAUCUAACAAUGAUA